AUGAUGUUGUCAAGACAAUUAACCAGAACAAUGCCUCAUUCCAGGCUCAUAUUGCGUCGCUUGAGUGCCAAGGCGGCUGUAAAGAGCGACCUUUCCCAAAAAGCUCUGGGAAGCAAGAAAACGCUUCGCGAUGUCAACCAGUGUGUGCUCAAUGCGAAAUAUGCUGUGAGAGGUCCAAUUCCAUUACGUGCAGAAGAAUUAAGGCAUAAGCUUGUUGAAGAGCCGGGAUCUCUUCCUUUCAACAAAAUUAUUAAUGCCAACAUUGGUAAUCCUCAGCAACUAGAUCAAAAACCGCUGACAUUUUACAGACAGGUUCUGUCCCUCCUACAAAAUCCAGCUCUGAUUGAAUCUCUUCCCACCGGAGAGCUACACAAGCUGUUCAAGCCAGAUGCCGUUGAGCGUGCUAAAAAAAUGCUCAAGCAGGUGGGCGGUUCCGUAGGAGCAUACUCGGCUUCCCAGGGUGUGGCAGGUUUCCGCCAAUCGGUCGCUGAGUUUAUUGAGGAACGUGAUGGCGAGCCGGCCUCUGCCAAUGAUAUUUUCCUUACUGCCGGUGCUUCAAGUGCGGUUUCUGCCAUCUUGUCGAUGUUUUGCACUGGUUCGGAAAACGGAGCCCUGAUUCCUAUUCCGCAGUAUCCACUUUACACCGCUACGCUGGCGCUGAACGAUGCGCACGCACUACCAUACUACCUUGACGAAGCUUCUGGUUGGUCUAUGGACACAGAGCAGGUUGAGCAGGUCGUAAAAGAUGCGAUUAGAAAGGGCGUGCGUCCAACUUGCCUGGUUGUAAUCAACCCAGGCAACCCAACUGGAGCUAUUUUGUCGCCUGAAGCCAUUGAAAAGAUCUUGACAGUUGCUGCGAAGUAUAGCUUGGUUGUCAUUGCCGAUGAAGUGUACCAAGAGAAUGGUUUCGACGACGCCGACUUUGUGUCGAUGAAGAAGGUUCUAAGGGUACUACAAAAAACCGAGCCCGGGAAAUAUGACAACGUUCAAUUGGCGUCUCUGCAUUCCACCUCAAAAGGUGUAUCUGGUGAGUGUGGCCAGAGAGGUGGCUACAUGGAACUUGUUGGGUUUUCGGAGGAGGUCAAACAAGUGUUUUUGAAGCUAGCGUCCAUCUCUCUAUGUCCUGUCGUAACCGGUCAAGCACUAGUUGACUUGAUGGUGCGUCCUCCCAAGAAAGGCGAUGCUUCCUACGAAUUAGACCGCCAGGAGCGCAAUGCAAUCCACAAUUCGCUGCAUCAAAAGUCGACUUUACUAUAUGAAACUUUCCAGAGUCUGGAAGGUGUAUCUUGCCAAAAGCCCCAGGGUGCAAUGUAUCUUUUCCCCAAGCUUGAUCUUUCUAGAAAAGCUAUUCGCAAGGCCGAGUCUCUUGGUAUGGCCCCUGACGAAUAUUACUGCAAGGAGCUUCUAGAGGCAACUGGCAUUUGCACUGUUCCUGGAUCUGGCUUCCGCCAAGUUCCUGGUACCUAUCAUUUAAGAACCACCUUCCUAGCCCCAGGCACCGAGUGGGUGGAUUCCUGGAAAAAAUUCCACCAAAAGUUUGUUGACGAACACCGUGAUUAG